CUCCUCCUUCUCCUGUUCAAUAUUUUCUCAUACCGUGCAUGUUCCAUUCCUCUCCUUGAUAUCUUUCGACCUUAUCACUGUAGCAAAAAAAGAAUCCGCGGCGCACGGGAACCGAACCGAUCAGUCAUCCGCGCAGAUUCCUUUCAUUACCCCAGACAGACUUAUCGGCCGAGAUGAGCACCCCCGGGGAUUAUGACGCUGUCCGCAGAGACAUCGCCGCCCAGCUGAAAAAGCCCGAUUAUGACGACGGAAGUGCUGGUCCCGUGUUUGUCCGUUUAGCAUGGCACUCCGCGGGCACGUAUGACGCUGAGUCCGACACGGGCGGCAGCAACGGGGCGGGCAUGCGCUAUGAAGCUGAAGGCGGGGACCCGGCCAACGCAGGCCUCCAGUUCGGUCGCGCAUUCCUCGAGCCCGUCAGAGAGAAACACCCCUGGAUCACAUACUCAGACCUGUGGACGCUAGCCGGCGUGGUUGCCAUCAAGGAGAUGGGCGGGCCCGAAGUCCCAUGGCAACCAGGCCGCACCGAUCUCGUCGACGACUCCAAGGUGCCUCCACGCGGCCGCUUACCGGACGGCGCCCUGGGCGCUGAUCACCUCCGCUUCAUCUUCUAUCGGAUGGGCUUCAACGACCAGGAGAUCGUCGCAUUGGCGGGCGGACACAACCUGGGCCGAUGCCACACCGACCGCAGCGGAUUCGAGGGGCCGUGGGUCAACAACCCGACGCGAUUCUCCAACCAGUUCUUCAACCUCUUGCUGAAACUGGAGUGGACGCCGAAGAAGCUGGGCAACGGGAUGUCGCAGUUUGUCUUUGUGGAUCCGGAUGCGGAGGAGGGCGACGAGAUGUUGAUGAUGCUGCCCACGGAUAUCGCGCUGAAGACGGACCCGAAGUUCCAGGAGUGGGUGGUGAAGUAUGCGAAGGAUAAGGAGCUGUUUUUCGAUCACUUUGCAAAGGCGUUCGCGAAGUUGAUCGAGCUCGGCAUCAAGAGAGACGAGAAGGGGUUGGUUAUUAAUGCGGACAACGUCAAAGGAGGCUAUAUUUCAGCACCGAAGAAGAGCGAUACCCCCACGGGCCCGCCGAGACAGUCCAAGAAAGAAGCUGUUCGUGCAAGGCUAUAG